AUGGGAGGGUUUGGAGGGAGAACAGGAAAGGAAAAUGAUGUAAUAGUUUUAUAUGACCCUGCCAAAAAGAAAAACAUGUUCCCAGACAUAUUUGCAGAUGUGAUAUUCUACAUCCCAUCAGUGAUGGUGUCUCGUGGCCACAGAGAUGCUGGGGGUCCCACCUACAUGUAUGAAUUUGAGUAUCGCCCAAGCUUUGUAUCAAACAUGAGACCCAAGGCAGUGAUAAGAGACCAUGGUGAUGAACUCUUCUCAGUACUUGGAUCUCCGUUUUUAAAAGAUGGUGCCUCAGAAGAGGAGAUCAAUCUCAGCAAGACGGUGAUGAAAUUCUGGGCCAACUUUACUCGCAAUGGGAACCCUAAUGGGAGAGGGCUACCCUAUUGGCCAGAAUAUGGCCAGAAGGAAGGCUACAUGAAGCUUGGCACCUCGAUCCAGGCAGCCCACAGACUGAAAGACAUGGAAGUGGUUUUUUGGACUGAACUCAGGGCCAAGGAGGCAGCAGAGAGGGCAACACACAGAGAGCAUGCUGAGCUCUGA